GUGCUUAUUUUACUGAUGUUCUUAGUUGGAAGCUCACCUCGGUCAGCUAAAGAAGUGCUUGCUUUACAAUUCAACUCGGAUUCGGACUCAGCCCCGGCUCGGCGAAUACCAGAGAUGGCGAAGAACACAAGAGGCACUGUGACAGCCUUCUCUCCUUUUGAUGCCAGAGCUGAUGCAGAAGCUCUUCGUAAAGCUAUGAAGGGACUGGGGACUGAUGAAGAAACUGUUCUGAAGAUCCUUACCACCAGAAACAAUGCUCAGCGUCAAGAGAUUGCAGCUGCCUUUAAAACCUUAUUUGGCAGGGAUCUUGUAGAUGACCUGAAAUCUGAACUUACUGGCAAAUUUGAAACACUGAUGGUAUCUUUGAUGAGACCAACAUACAUUUUUGAUGCUCAUGCACUGAAGCAUGCCAUCAAGGGAGCAGGAACCAAUGAGAAAGUGUUGACUGAAAUUCUGGCCUCCAGAACACCUGCAGAAGUGAGGAACAUUAAACAGGUUUAUCUGCAAGAGUAUGAGGCCAACCUGGAGGAUAAGAUCACAGGAGAAACAUCAGGCUAUUUUCAGAGACUGCUGGUGGUUCUGCUGCAGGCAAAUAGAGAUCCUGAUGGCAGCAUCAAUGAGAGUCUUGUUGAGCAGGAUGCUCAGGUUUUGUUUAGAGCUGGGGAGCUGAAAUGGGGAACAGAUGAAGAAAAAUUCAUCACCAUCUUGGGAACCCGAAGCGUUUCUCAUUUAAGGAGGGUGUUUGACAAAUACAUGACUAUUAGCGGCUUUCAAAUUGAAGAGACCAUUGACCGUGAAACCUCUGGUGAUUUGGAGAAGCUGCUCUUGGCAGUUGUGAAAUGCAUUCGAAGCGUACCUGCCUAUUUUGCUGAGACUCUGUAUUAUUCCAUGAAGGGGGCUGGCACUGAUGAUGAUACCUUGAUCAGAGUCAUGGUUUCAAGGAGUGAAAUUGAUCUGUUGGAUAUUAGACAAGAAUUGAGAAAGAAUUUUGCAAAAUCACUGCAUCAAAUGAUUCAGAAAGAUACGUCUGGGGACUACAGGAAAGCACUGCUGCUCCUUUGUGGUGGAGAUGAUGAGUAAUGGUGGCAGUAACAUGAAGGAUUUGUUGUACUCCAGCUUCGCAGCCCUUCAGUUAGCAUGUUUAGCUACGUUUUUGUAUCUUAAUGCUUUCUGGCUGUUUGAAUUUGUACUAGUAUUGCACUUACUAAAAAUGAGUGUAUUGUUACCCAAGUGAUAGCUGAUCCCUCCUCCUCCUGCCAUCCCAACUUCAAGGAAUUUCAAGUGCCUUCUGUGAUAUGUGAGAGUCAUAUUCAUGGAAGAUGGGUAGUGAGCACAGAACGCGGUUCUUUGCAAGUAUUCUGCUGAAGUAAGAAAAAAAUAAUCAUGUAUUUCACUAACAAUUUGAAGAUUAUCUUUUUUUUGCAUUAAUUCCUUCCAUUUCCACUGAACAUUAAGCUAGCUCUAACGUUGCAAAUGAAGAGAAGAUAUAUUCGUAUGUAAUAUUUGAAUGAAUUUGCUAAACAUAAUGCAAACAAUCACUGGAAAUCCAGAGGACCAAUAAAUUUUUUCUGUCUC